AAAAAAGAAAAAAAAGAGUAAAACAACACCAAUUUACGCUAGUGCCAUCCUCCCCUCUUCCUUGGUUCGUUCCGUUUUCUCCAGCUACGUUGUUCAAAAUUUCCAAGUUAGGGUUUCCCCUCUUCUCCUCCGCCAUUCUCAAGAUCCGAGCUUUCUUGUCUUUACUCUCCAGCAAAUCUCUAAUUUAUCUCCCCCUUGGGAUUUCGUUUCAUUUUCGAGAUUAGCUUUUAGCACUCAACUUUCGGCUAUAUUGAACGUUUGAAAGUUAAGAGGUUAUGUGUUAAAUGAAUUUUAGAGUGAGUUUUGAGUGAUGUUAGUGUAAAUGACAUUGAAAUUUCCGGCUGCGAAAGCAGCUGAAGUGGCUAUUGGAUCGAUUGGUCGUGGAUACGAUGUUUCAGCAGAUCUUAGGCUUAAGUUUUGUAAAGGGGAUACGUUGGAUUCGCAUUUGAUUGUAAUUGAUGAGGAUCAUUGUCAGGAGAUUGCCUUGCCUGGUGGAAUUAGUGUUCCUAAUGUACCGACUUCCAUAAAAUGUGAUAAAGGUGAAAGGACGCGAUUUAGGUCUGAUGUUCUGUCUUUUCAACAGAUGUCUGAACAGUUCAACCAAGAUGUAUCAUUAGCCGGUAAAAUACCCUCUGGCUACUUCAAUACUAUGUUUGAGUUUUCUGGAUGUUGGCAAAAGGAUGCAGCCUACACGAAAACUUUGGCUUUUGAUGGGGUUUUCAUUACCUUAUAUACUGUUGCUUUAGAGAAAAGUCAAUUAGUGUUGUGUGACCAUGUGAAACAAGCUGUCCCCGCGUCAUGGGAGCCCGCUGCAUUGGCAAGGUUCAUUGAAUUAUUUGGGACCCACAUUAUUGUUGGGGUAAAGAUGGGAGGGAAGGAUGUCGUAUGCGUAAAGCAGCAACAUUCAUCAGCACUUCAACCCGCUGAAGUACAGAAAAAAUUGAAGGAGAUAGCUGACAAGAGGUUUCUAGAUACAAAUGGGCAGUAUGACAUAAACUCCGCUCAUGUUUAUCAGGAUGGACAGUUUGAUUCUCGAGAAGUAAGAGAACAGCGACUCAGAUUUGCAGAUAUGAGCCCUUCUUGUUCAUAUUCACACAAGGAGGACAUUACUACUAUUUGCAAGAGGAGAGGUGGAAAUGAUAACAGAACUAUUUCUCAUCACGAGUGGUUACAAACUGUACAAUCUGGGCCAGACGUAAUUUCUAUGUCCUUUAUCCCAAUCACGUCUCUGUUGAAUGGUGUCCCUGGGAGUGGAUUCUUGAGCCACGCCAUAAAUCUGUACUUACGCUACAAACCACCGCUCGAAGAGCUUCAUCAGUUUCUGGAGUUUCAGCUACCUAGGACAUGGGCUCCUGUAUUUAGUGAACUCCCCUUGGGUCCUCAACGCAGGCAACAAAACUAUGCUUCUCUACAAUUCAGUUUCAUGGGUCCAAAACUCUAUGUGAACACCACUCCGGUUGAUGUUGGAAGGAGGCCUGUGACUGGCUUACGGCUUUAUCUUGAAGGUAGGAAAAGCAAUCGUGUGGCAAUCCACCUGCAGCACUUGUCAUCUCUUCCCAAAAUUUUUCAAUUAAAAGAUGAUGCUAUUGGAAAUUUUGAGCAAGAACAAUAUGACCGGAGGUUUUAUGAGAAAGUAGGAUGGAAGAACUUUUCUCAUGUAUGCACAGCUCCAGUUGAGUCGGAUGAAGAUCUUUCAAUUGUAAGUGGAGCUCAGCUACAAGUUGGAGAUUAUGGUUUUAAAACGGUACUUUUUCUUAGACUCCGUUUCUCAACUGUUUUGGGAGCCACACUGGUAAAAAGUUCAGAGUGGGAUGGAUCACCAGGUUUAGGCCGUAAGUCAGGGCUCAUAUCAACUUUAAUCAGCCAACACUUCACGGCCGUGGCAAAAUCAAUGCCACAGCCAGCUGAUGUAAAUAUAAACUCUGCUGUUUACCCUGGUGGUCCUCCAGUUCCUGUCCAAGCACCCAAGCUUUUGAGAUUUGUUGACACCACAGAGAUGGCAAGAGGACCACAAGAUACUCCAGGCUACUGGGUGGUUUCUGGUGCAAAACUUGUUGUUGAAAAGGGUAAAAUGUCGCUUCGUGUGAAAUACUCUUUACUCACUCCUAUUUUACCCGACGAGGAUGACUCACAAUAAUUUCAUAUUAAUCUCCACGUUACUCAAAGUUUUGUAAAAUUCCUCUAUUGCAUAUUAUUAAUCUCCAUGUCACUGAAAGUCUGGUAAAAUUCCUCUGCCCAAUCAUUUGAAGGAAAAUUUGUCAUAGAAUGAAUCAGGUGGAGCUUUCACCAUCGCUUGUCUAA